CAAGAAACAACGGGAAGAGUACCAGAGAUGGUGACUCCGUCUCCCUCUUCAAGUGUGGACCCGAAUCUCAUGGAGAGAUUCUUCAGCUUCAUGUCACACUUCGACCAGCAGCAGCAGACAAGGACACCUGCGCAAUCAACACAGAGCAAUGGAGGGAAUAUGGGAUUAGCGCCGAUGAGCCUCGACAACUCAUCCUUCGGGCGACACAACCAAGCGCCUACCUUUGCGCCUUAUCAUUCUUCGCCGGGGAC